AUGAAUUAUGUAAGCGAAGUGUUACAAACACUAAAUGCGGUGGAAAUUGCGAAGGAAACGAAACGUGAUAAAGUGUUGAAUAAAAUUGUAAGAUAUGCGAUUGAUCAAUGGCCAAAAGUGAACGAGUUAAGUGAGUAUGAACAAAAGUUUCAUGCUAAACGUGAAGAGUUGUUCGUGGAAAAAGGAUGCCUUUUCUGGGGAUAUAGAAUCGUAAUCCCAGAAUCAGUGAAAAGUUUAGUGUUGCGAGAAUUACACGCGUCUCACUUUGGAACUGUAAGAAUGAAAAUGAUAGCGAGGUCAUACGUCUGGUGGCCAGGUAUCGAUGGCGAAAUUGAGCAAAUUACAGCAUCUUGCUUAGCGUGCGGACAAGAACAGAAAAAGCCAUCGAGUGUACCAUUAACACCAUGGCCAUGGCCAGACAAGUUUUGGAGUAGGAUUCACAGCGACUUUCUUGGUCCAUUCCACGGUCAUAUGUUUAUGAUCGUUAUCGACGCUCAUGCGAAAUGGCCAGAAGUUAUCGAUAUGCGAAAAUGUACGACGUCGACAGAAGUAAUUAAAGUAUUUCGGAAAUUGUUUGCUCGAUUUGGAUUACCGCGUCAUCUGGUGACGGAUAACGGUCGCCAGUACUCUAGCCUUGAGUUCAAAGAGUUCACUGAAUGUAAUGGAAUAAAACAUAGCUUUUCAGCACCUCAUCAUCCUGCGACGAAUGGGGCAGCUGAAAACUUUGUUCAAACGUUUAAAGAUAAAGUUACGAAAAUUAUGAAAAGCGGAAGAAAUCUCGAGGAAGCAAUAGAUAUAUUUUUGUUCGAUUACAGAGCGACCGAACACUGCACGACCGGUAGAAGUCCCGCCUAUCUCGCGUAUAAGCACGAGCUUAGAACUAGAUUUGAUCUACUUCGACCUGACGUAGGCGAGACGGUCGACAAAAAACAGACUGCGCAAAUAAUUGGCAAAAGAGGAAAGCGAAAAGUAGACUUUAGAGUAGGAGACGUUGUCCUUGUAGAUGAUUUCAGCGUGCGCAAUGAAAAACGUAUUAAGGGUAAAAUAAUUGAGAAAUUAUCCCCAGUAACGUUUAACGUGGAGAUUGCGCCCAGUGAAAUCUGGAAGCGUCACGUCGACCAGAUCGUUCGUUACAUAGAGAAAAGCGAUGUAAAUGGAAAUACAUGUGUCACCGGGAAGGAAACACUAAGCGAACCAAAAAACAAACCACGGCGAUCUGAAAGAUUAAAAAGGCGAAUUCUUACGUAA